AUGUCAUCACAAGGUACUGGUGGACAGCGGGCAUUCGCUUUGAAACGAAACAAAAUGACUGCAGCUGAUGUACGUCGACAUGUUAUGAUGGGAAGUUUGUUACUAGACCCACAAAAUGCUAUGCAAAUGGAUGCAGACAGUAGUCCUCAAGCUAUUAAUUUAGUUGAAAUAGUUGAACCACUGGAUGUGGAGGAUAUCUUAUCGCAACGAAAAAGCAACUCUUCCGUACACGAACAUAUUGCAAAUAACAGUAAUUUGAGAAGGGUGUCAGAGUUUCCGGUUGAUGAUAUCGAAGUACGUUUGGUACAUCGGGAUCAGCUUACAGUGGAAUCACCGAUUCCGUCAAACCUUUCAGGUGUCGAUCCGCUGGUAAAAGAUAUAAUACAAACAUACAACGAUAAUUUUUCACUAGUGCAGCGAAAGUAUAUACAAUAUUCGAGCGGUGAAGCAUAUAUUCGAUUAUUGAUGGAACGACCGAUUAUUGCUCAAACGACCUCAAAACAAAUUUUUGAAGUGGAUUCGGAUCGACCUAUAGGACGGAGUGUUAGCACAGCAGGCGAGGAUCAGAUCGCAAAACGAGACUCAAUCGGUUCACAUUAUUCGUCUGAUUCGAUGUGUACUGUUGGUUCGUCAUCCGGUGGAACAAAUCGUGAUGAUACCUUACGUGCACCUCACCAACUUCAUUCUUCGGCUAGUGAUCCCAUAAUACCUGGUGUAGUGCAGCGUAUUUCAAAUACACAACUUGAUCAGAUCAAUGAGGCUCGAAGGCGAGCCCAUCGACAAAAUGCAUUAAUUAACCUACUUCCACCUCAGCUCGAAGCUGAUGUAAUUGAACGUCGAAGUAUAGCACCCUUCCCGACUGAGCAUACUGGUCAGAAACUUUUCAUCAAAGUUUUGCAGUUGCAGCUUGAACCUUCAUUCGAACCCAUUUUCGGUGCCGUAGUACUUUAUGAUUUGAAAGAAAGACGAAGGAUAUCAGAGAAUUUCUAUUUUGAUUUAAAUAAUGAUUCGCUCCGUGCAAUGAUUUCGCAACACGCUGAUUGUAUAGAUGAAGCAAGCAAAUGUACACAAGCGGUUUUCAGUAUAAGUCAAUCACUGAACGACAUAUUUAUUGUCAUCAAGUUAGAAAAAGUAUUACAACCGUGCGAAGUAGCAGAUGCAUGUGAGCCGUAUCUGAAAGAAGAUAAAAACAAGGAACGGUUGAUGCAAACGGCACAGCAAUAUUGCGAACGACUUGGUGCGUUCCGGAUGCCAUUUGGAUGGUUUGCCAUCGACCUGAACCAAAUCCUUAAUAGACAACAUCAUCCGGAUAAGACGGAAGCAUUAAUGGCAACGAUUCCAAGCUCUGUUGCUGUGCAGGAUGUAACACCAGCUUCACCAACAACAUUCUUCGAUGUAGAAAGUAUUAUCAGUAUGGAUCGAAUAUCGAAUUCAACAUCAGGGACUUUUCGCCGAGCGGGUAGCGGAACUUUGUCCGGUACAGUUUUUGUAGGAGCGCAGCAAUCCCAAAAAAGUCGUACACCGUUGCAAAAACGUAAACUUUUUGCGGGGCUUCAUCCGACUCUCUCGCAAAGUGAAACAGCUGCAGUAGGACUGGGCCUCGAGACUGCCUCAUUACUGAAAGAUGGCGGUUCUUCGUUAACCUCCUUAAGUGGUCUACAACCUCUGCUGCUCAAUAUCAAUUCCUUCUUUAGACAGGAAGCAGAACGUUUGACUGAUGAAGAUCUCUGCAAAAUGCUUGCGGAUUGUCGAAAAGGUGGUUCCAAGUUAGCUAAGUUGAAAACAUUUCCAAUUACAUUCAAAAUGGAAUUGUCAGGUGGAUGUGGCGAAUCUUUAAUGAGCAAUCCAAUGGAUAUCGUCAAAGAAAUUGUAGAAUUCCCGAGUAAAGGAAUUUAUGCUGUAAAUGCUACCUAUAGGAACCUGCUCUAUAUAUAUCCUCGUUCAGUAAACUUAUCUAACCGUUCUGGUCCUUCGCGUAACAUUGCUAUACGUGUGGAAUUGAUGAAUGCCCAGGAAAAACCUGUUUAUGCUGUGUUUGGCAAAUCCAGUGGGCCAAACAUUACUUUUUCUGCUGAUACUGCAGUUUCUUAUCACAACAAAACGCCCAGCUUCUAUGAUGAAAUAAAAAUUAAUUUGCCGGUUUACUUAAAUGAUGGACAUCACAUACUGUUCACUUUUUUCCACAUUACAUGUAAGCCAAACAAAAUUGGCGAUGAAGUCAAAAUACCCAUAGGGUAUUCAUGGAUUCCAUUGCUGAAAGAUGGACGAUUGCAAACUGGUGAAUUUACUUUACCCAUUGCAUUAGAACAAUUACCGCAGAGUUAUGGGUAUCUCUCACCGGAUGUCAAUUUACCAAAUGUUAGAUGGUUGGAAGGGCACAAACCGCUUUUUGAUGUAAAACUUGAGGCUAUUACAACAGUUCAUACGCAGGAUUCUUAUUUGGACAAAUUUCUGCUUGCAUACCAGUCAUUAGGCGUUAAUGAUAAAAAGAAUCCACCAAUAUUGGAAGCUGAUUUAAAGGAUGCAAUACGAAGUGUCAUAAAAGCCCGUCCUGAACCAAUGGUUGCUUUUCUAUAUGUUAUACUGGAUAAGCUGUUGGCAUUAAUUGCGUAUCCUCCAUAUACGGUAUCCGUGUCAGCCGUAUGCUUCGAAGUACUUGGACAACUUGUCAAAAUAUGUACUGUUCUUUUGAAUAACUUCUGUGAUGCUCACGGUCGUAGUUCACUCCUCACGACCUAUAUACAUUAUCAUAAAAUUGCUCUUAAAGAAAUUUCGAUCAUGCAGCCAAACAAUAGUAGGACGGAGCUUAAACCGGAGGAUACUCUACGAAUGCCUACUUCACCCGAAAACAAACAUCUUCUUGACAUUAUCAGAGAAUUUGAGCGAUCAAAUUAUAUAAAAGCAUCUGUCGAAGACGACUGUGAACCGAAGGCAUCAAAAAAGAUGAUGCACGAAGAAUUAAUAUUGCAGUGGGUAAUCAGUGGUGGUGCAGCUCGAGAAAUGGCUUUCCUCAAUUCCUGGUUCUUCCUUGAGCUUAUAGUUAAAUCAAUGGCAGAAUAUUUAUCUCUUUCAAAUCGUUUGUAUUUACCACGAAAGCUUCGAUUUAGUGAAGCCUUUAUCCAAGAUUUGAAUGCCCUUUCUCAGGCUAUCGUGAGUGAAGUGAUUCAAAGAAUUUCAAAAGAUCCAAGACAGUCACAGUCAAUCAGUACUUCAUGGGCCUAUUUCUUGCGUGAUUGCUUGUCACUGAUGGAUAGAUCCUUUGUGAUAACACUGAUCAGAGAGUUUAACCGCGAGAUUGCUGCUAAGAUAGGAAACUGCACCGAACUGCGCGUAGUUCCAGCUCUCAUGCUAAUUAAAUUGGACUUUUUGCGGAUCAUUGCCUCUCAUGAGCAUUUCAUUGUACUGAAUUUGCCGUUUGGCUCUGGUAAUCCGCAAGGUAUGUCAACAAGCCAUUCCGGUGGAUCAUUUCAUUCAGCAGCGUCGGCAUUUUCCAAUUCGUCCAAUUCGGAGGGUAGCACUAAUUUAUCUGUGUCCUUGCAUCAUUGUUCUUCACAUCAGUCUUGUAGCCCAGGAAAUUCAAGUAUCAGUAGCAGGUCUUCAAGUCAAACAAAUGAAUCGCAUGGUGCACUUGGAUCAGCAGAGCUAACUGUUGAGUUUCGUUCGCGACAUUUUCUAAUUGGGCUGGCACUCGCUGAUCUAGCUUCUGUUCUCGAUAUAUCAAAUACUCUACUUCAUUCACGUGCUAUAAGUCUUAUUCGUAAUUUGCUGAGCAGCCAUGAAUUGGAUGCUCGACUUCUUGAUAAUACGAUGAAAGCACGAGUAGCAUCCUUGUAUUUACCAAUCAUCGGUAUUGUUCUGGACGCCUCAGCUCAAUUGCACAAUCCUUACUCGAAGUCUUCCAGUAUUAACUAUGAAAUUUCCACAUCCAUUUCUAAUGGUUACACAAUGGAAACAGAUAACGGGCCGUUUAUCAGCGACAAAGUUAUGCUUGCAAUUGGUGGGAUGAAUUUUUCACCACCUUGCUCACCUCGAACCGAACGGAAGCAUAUUAAUUUAGUUCGACCAUCACUUUCGUUGGAAAAUACACGUCAGAUAUUAGCAUGUUUUUGUUGGACGUUGAAAAAUAUGGAACGAUCGUCUUUGCGUCAGUGGAUUCGCGAUUUGUCGUCUAAUCGAAUUUCACAGUUUCUCGAUGUUCUACAACUUGCUGUUUCAUGCUUCGAAUUCAGAUCAUCUCUUUUCUGUCCUAAUCAAGGUACCGGUGAGUUUGCAGAGGAAGCAAAGGACGAAAGUGGUAGUAAUAUCGAAGUCUCAUCGGUUAAAGAGCUUAGCCGAAAAAAAUCACGUGGUGCAGCCGAUUCUGAAAAUGGUGUUCGGUGGCGUAAAGAAACUAAAGAUUCACAAGGAAAAAGUUCUUGGAAAAGUUGCACUGGUAGUAGCGGUGGACAGUCAAGCGAUGAACCUAUCCCAAGUGACGAAGAUAUUAUACUUGAAGCGACCCUUUGCACCGAGAUACCAUUAAUAGUGCUGGAUACGUUAGAACUCAUUAUACGUGUGGUGUCGGUUCUGGGUUCUGAUUAUCUCUUUUAUGUGUUACCUUCUGUAUUAAAAGUGUUGAUGCAUAUUCUUGCUUGCAAUCAGUCAGUACAAACUUUGGAAAGUGUUUUUGCAAGUCAACGAGCAAUAGUUACGAAGUAUCCAGAUUUGCUGUUUGAACAGGAGACUGAACAGUGUGGUGAAUUGUGCCUUCAUCUACUAAGAUAUUGUGCAUCCCGCUUGCCAGCUGUUCGCUCGCAGGCUGCAGCUUCAUUAUAUCUAUUAAUGAGGCAGAGCUUCGAAUCAGGAGCAAGUUUUUCAAAAGUUAAAAUGCAAAUUACAAUGUCACUGAGUACAUUGGUUUCUACGGGUACCAAACACGGCGAUUGGAUAAAUGAAGAUUGUUUACGUCACAGUUUAAAAACUGUACUGACAUAUUCCGAAACAGAUGCUUCAAUUGAUUCGCAGCUACGCAAUACUACUUUUUCAGAGCAGGUAAAAGAUCUCGUUUUCAAUUUGCAUAUGAUAUUAUCGGAUACAGUAAAAAUGAAAGAAUACACUAAUGAUUUUGAAAUGCUAAUCGAUCUCAUGUAUCGUGUUGCGAAGGGAUAUCAGAACAAUCCAGAUCUUAGGUUAACAUGGUUGAUAAAUAUGGCAAAUAAGCAUUCAGCUCGGGAUAACGCAGCGGAAGCUGCACAGUGCAUGUUGCAUGCAGCCGCUUUAGCUGCUGAAUAUAUUUCGAUGCGCGAAUAUGAUAUUUAUGUCCCUAAAGGUGCUGCCGCUUUCGAAGCUAUAAGCGAUAAUAUUCUCGAAGAAAGUGCUGUUUCGGAUGAUGUUAUUAGUCCCGACGAAGAAGGUAUUUGUGAAAGUCGUCAUUUUACACAAAAUGGUUUAGUACAUUUGGUGGAGAAAACAGCGCAGUUUAUGGAGAAAGCUCAAAUGUAUGAAUCAAUGGUACAACUCUACAAGGUAAUAACACCAAUUUUGGAAGAAAAUCGUGAUUACCGACAUUUGGCACAAGUACACGGCUGCCUGAGUCAAGCGCUUUCACGUAUUGAACCAACUGUGCCGUUGAUUGAAGAUAUCGCCGAUGCAUGGUAUUCACCUUUACCAAGCGCCGACAAACGUUGUUUCGGUACCUAUUUUCGGGUGGGUUUUUAUGGUAGUCGUUUCGGUGAUUUGGACGGUGUCGAAUUCAUCUACAAAGAGCCCGCAAUUACGAAAUUGUCCGAAAUCAGUCAUCGUUUGGAUGCAUUUUACACUGAUCGUUUUGGGAAAGGAGUUGUGGAAGUUAUUAAGGAUUCAAAUUCUGUCGAUCCAAACCGUUUGGAUUCCACAAAAGCCUAUUUGCAAAUCACAUAUGUAGAACCAUAUUUGGAGAAUUGGGAACGACGUCGUCGUCCUACUCAUUUCGAGAGGAAUCACAAGUUAUAUCGGUUCGUCUAUGCAACACCGUUCACGAAAGACGGUCGUGCACAUGGUGAUUUGAAGGAUCAAUACAAAAGACGAACUGUGCUAGCCACACAACAUUGUUUUCCAUAUGUAAAAACACGCCUUCGAGUGGUGAAUCGUGAACAAAAUAUUUUGACACCAAUUGAAGUUGCAAUUGAAGAUGUCCAAAAACGAACUCGUGAAUUAGCUGCUGCUACCGCACAAGAUCCACCUGAUGCUAAAAUGCUUCAAAUGGUACUACAAGGUUGCAUUGGUACCACUGUCAACCAAGGUCCUGUAGAAGUUGCCAACGUAUUUCUUACAAAUAUGAUUUUGGAUGAACGUGGCAAACCGAUGGAUAAAUUCCAGAAUAAGCUUCGCUUAUGUUUCAAAGAUUUUUCGAAGAAAUGUGCAGAUGCUCUUCAGAAGAACAAGAAACUUAUCCAAGCUGAUCAACAGGCUUAUCAGAAUGAACUGCAAAAAAAUUAUAUCGAAUUUACGAAACGAAUGGCACCGAUUGUUGGCAUUCGUAAAAGUAAAUGUUCUGAAGCACAUAUUCUAAAAGCCGUACAUGCCGCUGCUGUUGCUGCUGAACUUGGACCAGUUACUGCAGUGUGA